AUCAUUCAAGUUUUGUAAAUCGUAACAGCAAGUCAAACAAAAAAAAUCAUUAUGGCAUUCAAAUUAGUCUUAUCAUUCACAAUUUUAUCAGUCGUCUCAGCCGGAGUUGUAGAUCUUGGAUACAAUUCUAACUAUUAUCAUCAACCAGCUGCUUAUGAACCAACAACUUAUGUUCAGCCAGCUGUCAUUAAGCAAGCUGCUUAUGUUAAACAAGCAGUUCAUGAAGAACCAGCCAAUUACGAAUUUAACUAUGAAGUUCAUGACCAACACACAGGAGAUAUCAAGCGUCAACAAGAAGUAGCCAAGGAUGGUGCUAUCUCAGGACAAUACUCAUUAAUUGAUGCUGAUGGAUACAGACGUGUUGUUUCAUACACAGCUGAUGAUCAUCAUGGAUUCCAAGCUAAUGUACAACGUGAACCAGUUGACCACAAAAUCAUUGCUCAAGCACAACCAGUUGUCACCAAAGUCUACCAACCAGCUACAAUUUCAAAAGUUUAUCAACCAGCACCAGUAUUUGCUAAUCAUGGACAUCAAUAUCAUUAUUAAAUUAAUUUUAUAAAAUCUUGUAAAUUGUUAUUUUGAGGAAAUAGUUGCUGUUUAAAUAGUGAAUAUUGUAUAUGCCAUAAACUCAAAUUUAAUAAAUCAUAGAUUUUAUUAAUCCAUAAAUUGAAACAA